AUUAGCAUUCUAAUUUCCAUUUGUGUCCAAGCCACCGACCCUGCACCACGCAGGCGGGGCAGCGCGGCUUCAACCAGUCCUAAGGCAGACCUAGACCAGCCAUUAAGUGGAACCCUUUAGGAACCAAGACCUAAACUUACAAAAGAAGACUAAUUUUUGUGUAGCCAAGAAAGACAAGAAAACACCAUGGGUUUCAUAGAGGACGUCAACUGGUUGUUAGCUGAAAAGUCUGACCCUCGCUGCAAAGACUGGCUAUUCAUGAACACACUUAAUUGGCCAUUGGGAUUAUGUGCUCUGUAUCUGUUCAUUGUACUUGUGGCUGGACCUAGAUACAUGAAAAACCGACCAGCAUACAAGCUAGACACAUUUAUUUUCUACUAUAAUAUAUAUCAGGUUUUAGCAUGCACCAUCCUCUUUUGGAAAGUGCUGACAACUGGUUGGACAACAACAUACUCAUUAGGAUGUCAACCAGUUGACUAUUCCGAUAAUCCAGAAGCCGUAAAAAUGUUGGAAUUAGUCUGGUGGACGACCCUCUUGAAAUUAUCAGAAUUCAUUGAAACUGUAGUGUUUGUCUUAAGAAAAAAGGAUAGACAGAUCUCUUUCCUGCAUGUGUAUCACCAUGUUUCCACCUUCCUCCUAUGCUGGGUAGGAUGUAAAUUCAUUGGAGGUGGAAUGGCAACCUUCCCCAUUAUGCCAAACAGUUUAGUACAUAUUAUCAUGUAUACUUAUUACCUGCUCUCUAUUAACAAAAACUCCACCGUCCAAGCAGUGAUUAAUACAAUCAAGCCUUACAUUACCAUCAUGCAGAUGGUCCAGUUCUGCAUAAUCAUUGCUCAUGCAGCACAGGUUUAUCUUCCCGGCUGUGACGUACCCACAUACCUGGCCCAUGUGUACAUUCCCAAUGUGUUCCUUAUUUUCUAUCUCUUUUACGACUUUUAUACAACGAAUUUCAAGAAGAAUGCUCAGGCUCCCAAAAAGGUUAAAGUAGCUAAAGCUUCAUAAGCAAAGCAAAACGGCAAAAAAUAGAACAAAAUGUACAUAGAUUUAAAAUGGAAACCUCAAUAAAGAAAUGGCUGAAGUGUGU